AUGGGGCCACUCACUGCCGGGGAAGGCCAGGACUCCCGUAGUUGGCGCCGGAAGUGGGAGAGAAGCCGGGCCCUCUACUACUUGAGCGGGCCGGCUGCUCUGGAGGUGGGCGGCUUCUGCAGGGAGCUCUUUUCUCACCUGCCCAAGGAAAUGGCCUCCGCUUUUGACGCUCUCUUCACCAAGGGAGGAAACGCCACCAUACUGGUGGGCCUUAGGGGGAAAACGGGUGACCACCUCGCCCUUGAAGGUCGCCUGCCCGCCGCCCCCGUGGACACGUGGCCCAGAAACACGAAAACCAGGGGCCGCUCUGCCCUCGCCCUACAGGCGCUCAGCCUUCCCGUCCUUACAAGUGCUCACAACCCCAUGAAUAAAAAGUAGGAGAUGUAUGAACUGCUUGAGCAGAUGGUAAUUGGAAGAAUCUUCCAACUCCAGGCUGACCUAUGUGACCUCUCCGUUGCUUCCAGAAACUGGAAAGUAUCCAAGGUAAGUCAAGAUCUGGGAUUGGAAGUUGAUGAAAAAGGAGCUGAGGCAGUGACGGGAACCCUGUUAGAAACGAUUGCUGAUUCCAUGCCUCCCAUCAUCCGAAUAGACCAGCCACGUCAUUUCAUGAUCUAUGAGGAAACCUCUGGAGAGCUUCUAUUUCGGGGCAGGGUGGUGAACCCAGCUCUCCUACGAUUUCAGACACGUGUGAGUACACGGUGCUCCAGGAGACGCCGGACCCGAGGUAGCUGAACCCACAUGGGUUAUUGGCACCUGGCGGCAGAAGAGAGUGUCCCCCUCGUCCUCUGCUGGUCUGAGCCAUCCUCAGAAAAAACCGACUAUUAAAUUCA